GGCUGCCUGACUGGAAUCCCGGGAGCUGCAGCGACGGCGGCCGCGGGAGCAGUGCCGGCCAUGGCGGUGUGGACGCGGGCCACCAAAGCGGGACUGGUGGAGCUGCUUCUAAGGGAGCGCUGGGUGAGGGUGGUGGCCGAACUCAGCGGCGAGAGCCUGAGCUUGACGGGUGACGCCGCGGCGGGCGAGCCCGAACCGCCGGCUGCCGCCUUCAACGGUCUCCCGAACGGCGGCGGCAGCGACUCGCUGCCCGGGAGUCCGAACCGCGGCCUGGGGCCGCCCAGCCCUCCCGCACCGCCUCGCGACCCCGCGGGGGAAGCGGGCGCCUCGCCGCCCGUGCGCCGAGUGCGAGUGGUGAAGCAGGAGGCGGGCGGCCUGGGCAUCAGCAUCAAGGGCGGCCGCGAGAACCGGAUGCCGAUCCUCAUCUCCAAGAUCUUCCCGGGGCUGGCGGCCGAUCAGAGCCGGGCGCUGCGGCUGGGCGACGCCAUCCUGUCGGUGAACGGCACCGACCUGCGCCAGGCCACCCACGACCAGGCCGUGCAGGCGCUGAAGCGCGCGGGCAAGGAGGUGCUGCUGGAGGUCAAGUUCAUCCGAGAAGUAACACCGUAUAUCAAGAAGCCAUCUUUAGUAUCAGAUCUGCCAUGGGAAGGUGCCACUCCCCAGUCACCAAACUUUAGUGGCAGUGAAGACUCUGGUUCUCCAAAGCAUCAGAACAGCACCAAGGACAGGAAGGUCAUCCCUCUCAAAAUGUGCUUUGCUGCCAGAAACCUAAGCAUGCCAGAUCUGGAGAACAGAUUGAUAGAGCUACAUUCUCCUGAUAGCAGGAACACCUUGAUCCUACGCUGCAAAGAUACGGCCACAGCACACUCCUGGUUCGUAGCUAUCCACACCAACAUAAUGGCUCUCCUCCCACAGGUAUUGGCUGAACUCAAUGCCAUGCUUGGUGCAACCAGUACAGCGGGAGGCAGCAAGGAAGUCAAGCAUAUUGCCUGGCUGGCAGAACAGGCAAAACUAGAUGGUGGAAGACAACAAUGGAGGCCUGUUCUCAUGGCUGUGACCGAGAAGGAUUUGCUCCUUUAUGAUUGUAUGCCAUGGACAAGAGAUGCCUGGGCAUCGCCAUGUCAUAGCUACCCUCUUGUUGCCACAAGGUUGGUUCAUUCAGGUUCUGGAUGUCGGUCACCCUCCCUUGGAUCUGACCUUACCUUUGCUACAAGGACGGGCUCUCGGCAGGGCAUUGAGAUGCAUCUCUUCAGGGUUGAAACUCACCGGGAUUUGUCCACCUGGACCAGAAUACUUGUUCAGGGUUGUCACGCUGCUGCCGAACUGGUCAAGGAAGUCUCCCUAGGCUGCACCUUAAGUGGCCAAGAAGUAAGAUUCACUGUCCACUAUGAGCACGGGUUCACUAUCUCCAGAGACAAUGGCGGCUCCAGCAGCAUAUUGUACCGCUAUCCUUUUGAACGGCUGAAGAUGUCUGCUGAUGAUGGUAUCAGAAAUCUCUAUCUGGAUUUUGGUGGUCCUGAGGGAGAACUGACCAUGGACCUGCAUUCUUGCCCAAAGCCGAUUGUGUUUGUGUUGCACACGUUCUUAUCCGCCAAAGUCACUCGAAUGGGACUGCUUGUAUGAGCAGCACAAGAGUCAAGAAAGAGCUUCGACUGUCACAAGAAGUAUUUCCACCUCAAAAAAAUAAAAAUCAAAAGAAAGCAACAACAACAAAGAAGCACAAAAAGAAGCCCUGCUCUCCUCCAUCACAGUGCCUUCCCACGAACCUCAGCUCACUGCUGAAACCACAGGGUUAAAGAACGGCCGACCUUUCCCCCGCAGCCUUGGUCAGGAGUUCUAGAACUGUAAUAAGCUCCAAAUUGAAGUUGUUGAUUUUUCGUCUCAUAUUGUGAUCGCUAAGUAAUUGUGUUUAUUUCUCCUGUUAGGAAGGCUGGCUCUUUGCUUAUAAACAGUCAGAGAAGUUCUCCUUUUCUUCCUGCAGGGUUUGUGUGGGGCUUAGCCCUGAGCUCUUGUUAGGAUAACUGUGGCUCCCCAGAUGCUAGUGUCCAGCAGCCCAUCAUCCCUCUGGCAUCCCACACAAGUCGUCGAUUGCACACAGCAUUCCUGUCUUUACCUGUAAUUCCCCAAUGGUUCUUCCAUCCACCUGACUCUCACUGACCUCACCCUGCCCCACACACCAGCUCUGCCACUCGUGAGUGCAACCUUUGCCUUCACUCCCCCUUUUGGUGGUUGGCCAAGUUGAAAAUCUAGUUGGAAACCGCUUCUCUGAAAAAGGAGUUUACUUCCUUAGUUUUUAUUGUGUUUAUAUUUGGUAGGAGCCUGGGGACAGUCUAAAGUUUAUUUUGCAAAAAAGAUUCUUAUUCUAAGCUAAGCCAUUUCUUAUUGCUUACCAAAUGUGCCUUUGGUUAGGGUCUGUGGAGCUUUCCUCGUGACUGCUGGCUGACGAUCUCACUGCCACUCUAGGAAGACCAUCUAGCUUUGAGGAGUCAUCCCUUAGGUCGCUUCCUUAAUGGCAUCUUUCAACGGUGACUUUGUGGGUCGUUAGCUUUGCAGCACAGAUGCCAUGUCAAGUGGCACUAUGGGGCCAGGAAAGAUCCUGGCACUGGACUUUUGUGGUCCCAAAGUAGUAAGGACAAGUCACCUCCAGCUCUUCCCCACCCACCCUGAUUGGGUGGAGUGAUGAGACACACGGAGGCAGCCACCUGCUUUGGUUCAGCUCAGUGUCAUCAGGACUCAGCCUCAGGGUGCUUUCUGAUGUUGUGGCCUGGAUAAACCAUAUCCAGCUUAUUUUUCCUGGCUUGGAAGAAAAUAGAUGUGUGUAGAAACAUUUCAGAUAGUCUCGCUACAUAAAAUACCCAGGUUAGCACAAUCCCUAAAUCAGAACAAAAAGAAAUAUUGACUUAGAGUUCUAUGUUUUCUGAAAAAAUGUCUAAAAAUAACUCUCAUUUUCUAGAUUUCUCUGGAGUGUGCUACACAGGCAUGUAAUGCUUCAGAUGGCGUAGGGGAGAAAAGGAAAGAAAACACAACUGUUCAUGCAGAGCCUGAGGUGUGAAGUUUGGGUGCCUUGACUGACAAGUGGUCUAGAGGAAAGGACAGAUACCCAAGUAGAGGAGGUGCCCACUGUCCUCCGCCUUUUCGGCGACAGGCCUCCUCCUGCUCUCUGCAGUCAGACAGAUGGUGCACAAAGGCUGAGGGGAAUGCUCCCCUCCCCCCAGCUUCAGACAGGUAUUGGCGCACCAAAAAUGAAUGUUGGGAUCCACUUUAAACUAGAAACUAAGAUCUAAAGGACAUCUUUCUAGAACUUUUUAUAUUUUAAGUAGUUGUAAUCCUGAGAAUGGAUCCAUCCAUGAUACAUCUUCUACUCAAAAAAAGAAAGAAAAAACCGUAUUUCAAAGGUCCAGCCAAGUUCAGAAAGCAGAACUACAACAGAUAACCUCAGGCAGAGGCUCAGAUGCACUUGUUAUUAGGAGUUACCAACGGCACCCGCUUCAGUGGUAGAGUUGAAGUCUUCCGUAUUGGUGGGAAAGGCUAAGCUACCAAGAAGAUUGAUGGGAGCUUCUGCCACCCUGUCCCUUAGAAGAGCAGUGAGUGGUGUGAUGACUGGGCAGGUACCGUGAGCAUCUACUUGUCUGAGACUGCGGCCCAUGGAGUUCUUAACUCUACCAUUCAGUCCUGGUAGAAAAUGAAGGCUUAUGGGUGAUUUUGUGUCAAUAACAGCCUGGAGAACCAGGGCUCUAAGUCGCUUGGUUCAGAAGCUGUUGCAGCUCUCCCGGGCAUUUGUUCAACUAAUUAUGUCACAUUUUUCAAACCACAAGUGAAAUGCUUUUUGUGAGUGUUAGACACCUUGAUACAUACGUGCAUUAUCAAUUUUGUACUCAAAUGCCAAAAUAUAAAAUAUUUUCAAUAUUAUAUGAUUAUAAUAACUAAAAAUGGACAUCCCUGUUAAUUCACCUCUUUUAUAGAAUCAGCUAAAUUGUCUUUUUUCUUUUGACUAUUGUUGGGGAUGUUGUGGGAUCCUGGGUGUCCAGUGGAAAGGAAACUGCAGAGUGCGCCGUUCAGGUGGACCAUUUCUUAGGUAUCUUUGCAUUCCAUACCUGGAUUGCUGGCCCUGGGCAGAGAAGUCUCCUCCCCCGCAAGAAAGAGGACUAAAGGAAGCUGAUAUUAUCUACUAGCCUUGCCCAGAAAUUGGUAUCAAGUAUUUUAUACAAGAAAUGCUCAUGUGUGUUUGCUGUACCUAUUAGAUGAUUAUAAGUAAAGGCACCAACUUGUAAAGAGUUUCAGGUUAAAUUCCGGGAUAUUAUGGGCAAUCAGAAAUGUUACUUUAAUUACCAUCUGCCUAUUUUGAAGCCAUGUUUAGCACUUUUCAGACCAGGGUAAGUCUGAUCGUGCCUGGUGGGGUUUCUUGUUUUUUUGUUUUUGUCUGAACUCUUAUUUGUUACUGGAAAUUAUUUGCAUGGUAGGAGAGAUUGAAUUAUUUAUUUUUUUAUAUGUAGAAAAAUCUCUCUAGCCAACAGAAAGCUAACAUUGUUUCUGAUUUAUUUGUUUUACUAACAUCUCCCUGAAAGAAUAGUAGCAAAGCUUUUGUUCAACUGAAUAAAUGCACUUAGCUGAUAAACCAAAAUUUAUUCUUUCAAAAGAAGAAAUUAUUAUCACCAAAAAAUAUUAAACUUGAACUUUGAACAUGAUUAUGCUCCCCCCAAAAAAGGUUUUACUAUGAAUGGUUUGGAUGAACAAAAAUGUGUGGAGAGGAUUACUGAUUUCUUAAAAUUUUGUAAGAAACUCAAAGUCUUCUUGUUUAAUUUAAAUUCUUGUGGAUUUGUUUUCAAAUUCAUUGAAGACUCUGCCUGUGUGUUAAUGCAAAUCACCUUCCAAGCUGCUAUGCAAACUUGUAUUAAGCCUCACCUGCUGAGAGGGUUCAGCAGUUUUGAAGUGUUCAGGAAAGAGACUCCAGCACUUUCUCUGUUCUUUUGUAUCUUUGUUGGACACUUCCUUGGAUCAUAAUUUAUUAUUCUCACUGGUUCAAGCUAUUGAUUGUACAUUAUAUUUAAACUGUCCAAACAUUCUGCUUUUAUUCCCAAGUAGCUGCCAGCAGCUCUAGGUACCAAGAAUGAACUCAGUCCUUAGAAAGCUGGGCUUGGGGCAGUGGUUGUGCACACCUUUAAUCCCAGGAGACAGAGGCAGGCAAAUCUCUGUGAGUUUGAGGCCAGCCUGGUUUACAGAGUGAGUUCUCAGACAGACAGAGCUACAAAGAGAAGAUAAACAAAACAACAACAACAAAAAAGAAAUCUGGGCUCAUUGGUUAAGAGGGCUUACUACUGACCCAUGAGGACUGGAGCUCGGAUCCCAGCACCAUGUCCAACGACCCAGGAAAGCAGACAAGCUCUUCAUGUCUAAUGAGGAGUCAUGCCAGUCCCUUAGUUCUUAAGAGAACACUGCUCUGGAUGUAUGUAAUAUGGAGCACUACAGUGGGAACCUGAGCACUUGGGAAGCUAAACCAGCUUUGCCAGGCACCAGGGCUACACAGCAAGACUGUUUCAAAAUAAUGAUAAAAUUCUAGUACCUGAUAGCUGCAGGCAGAGAAUUCAAGAUUAGCUGUAUAGCCAGUUCAAGGCCAACUGGAUUAUGUAUGAUACUGUCUGAAAAAAUAAAAUAGAUAAAUUUGAAAUUG